AUGACUGAGCUCCCACAUCGACCAAGCCUAUCGCCACAACUGUGCUUCUCGUCGGGGGCUCUUCGUGACUUUCUUCGACUCUCGAGAUCGGCUGUCGACGAUACCAUCACAGAGAACCUGAAUGCGUUGGUUACGCCUUCACAUCCUGGAUUCGACCCGAGCUCAACGUCUCAGAGAACUCCUGCUUCCGGCUCGCGACCUAUAGGCUCUGAGGCUUGCAAAUCAUUCAAGACAGCGGUGCUUUUUCCAGCCUGGCAGGCCAGAACUGAGGUAUUGAAUUACUGCGCACUUAUUGCGGCUAGCCCUGAUCCUGAUGACCCAGAGGCAACCCUACGAGACAUUGAAGAGCAGAAGAAUCGUGAAAGAGUCGUAGAUGAGCGACUAGAUCCAUAUUCGAGCCGAUUCUUUCUCCGGGAACCUCGAACCCGGAUUCUGGCCAGCCUCGUCCGCCAAGAGCGUGGCGUCGAAGAAAUAAUACGCAACCGUACUUGGAGUGUUGUUCAGGAGCGAUGUAAUUAUUCUCCUCACGAUACCUGGCAAGCCGCUAUGAGGACAUGUGGGUUUGAUGAUGGUUCUAGGAGUAAUUGA